AUACUGAAUGAACUUCCCUCUGAUAUGCCUGGUAUUCCCAAGACUGAAGAAGAAAAAUCAGAAGAAGAAGGAACGCUACCUCACACCACUACCAUGGCAGUACUGACUAGCACAUAUCAGACCAGCACGGGGCAGUACAUUGCUAUAGCUCAAGGUGGAACAAUCCAGAUUUCUAAACCAGGAUCUGAUGUUGUUCAGGGAAUGCCGGCAUUAACAGUGACAAGUUCAGGAGCUCCUCCACCAGGUGCUACAAUUGAGCAGGACGCAGCGCAGGCAGCUGACGGCACACAGCAGUUCUUUGUCCCAGGCAGCCAGGUGGUUGUGCAAGAUGAGGAAACAGAACUUGCCCCAAGUCACAUGACUGCUGCCACUGGUGACAUGCCAACUUACCAGAUCCGAGCUCCUGCAACUGCUCUGCCUCAGGGGGUAGUGAUGGCUGCCUCCCCAGGAAGUUUGCACAGCCCCCAGCAACUUGCAGAAGAAGCCACACGCAAACGAGAGCUGAGGUUGAUGAAAAACAGGGAAGCUGCCCGGGAGUGUCGCAGGAAGAAGAAAGAAUAUGUCAAAUGUCUUGAAAAUCGUGUGGCUGUGCUUGAAAACCAAAACAAGACUCUCAUUGAGGAACUCAAGGCCCUUAAAGACCUUUAUUGCCAUAAAGCAGAAUAACUGUCUUUGACUUGGACCUUGUUUACGGUGAACUCUAAUCAAGGCAGGAGAUGCAGCAAUUUUACUAAUUGCCAUGUGGACAUAUGGAAGGGACACUUGUGACCCUUAAGAAUCCAGCUUGGCUUAGUGUUUGAAAUUGAGUUGGGAGUGUUGUUUCAAGAUUUGGAAUGCAACCAUGAUUGCAUAUACCAAGCUCACUUCAGCCUGUUUCUCAAUGGCAUGCAAAAAUUGUUUUGUUUGCCCUUUUGUUUCUCUCUCUCUUUUUUUUUCAAGGAAGCUGCUAAAGAAU